GACGGUUCAGUCGAUUCAUCGGCUGGCAACCAUUGAAACCUCGAUGCAUCGAAGUCACCUGUACCGAAACCACAGGAGGCGGGGUGAGUUCAGAUGGAAUCAGCUGCGUGCGCGCAUGUGGUGUAUACUGCCAGGACUACGCGCCCAACACAUGUCUUCUCUGCUCCUUCUGGGCUGCGCUGCGCUGCACUGCCUCCCGCCUCGGCUGACAUUUGAUCCCCUCUGAACUUCUGAAACUAAACGUCAGAGGCUGGACACAUCAUGAUUGGGGCAAUGGGAUGGCAACCCAAGCGAGCUGGUCCAUUAUCCUUCAAAACCCUGCACCGCUCCAACCUUCAAAAGUUGGCCUCGAACUCAGUUUAGUUCAGUUUAGUUCAGUUCAUUGAUCACUCAACCAACCACGCGGUUAUCGCUCCUUGAAACUACGACUCCUGGGGAGCUGGUUUAUUUCUUUCCUUUCUUCUUUCUUUUUCCUCCCAUUCUUCGAUCGUGCGAGACACGGAUCAACCUUCAGCGGCCGAGUACAGUCAUGUCGAAACACAGCAGGAUGCGCGACUCGAUGGAGGAGGUUUUGGUGGAUAGGGGCAACGGCGCCGAGGCCCAGGUGGUCGGAUCUACGCAACUAUUCAAGGAUGGAAAGCUUCAGUGCAUCCCGAUGCCUACGCCCGAUCCAAAAGAUCCUCUUAACCUGCCAGAGUGGAGGAAAUGGGCCGCCAUCAUAAGCCUCUCUCUGUUUGGCGCGCUGGCUCUCUCAGCAGAGACUAUCGUCGGCGCCCUGGUCCCCAUCUUCGUCCUCGAGUAUGCCGGCAUCGACCCCAAGAUCCUCGGAAAGAUCGACCUCAGCACACUUAACCUCAGCUCGGUGGGCGGUAAGCCGGCGGACCCCAUCCAGCUGCUCAACAGCCUGGGAGGCCCACCAAUCUCUAAGGUCGACCUCAUUUCCACCCUUCCAAUCCUCGUCAAUGGUAUCGCAUCAUACAUCCUGGUGCCAUUGUCCAUUGGUGUUGGUAGGCGACCUGUUAUCUUGUUCUCUGGGGUAAUGGCAUGGGCAGGAGGUCUGUGGGCAGGGUUCAGUACAAGUCUGAACAGCCACAUCGCCGCAAGAGUGUUCCAAGGGUUUGGAGCCGGCGCAGUUGAGGCUCUGAUCCCUCUUAUCCUGCAGGACAUGCUGUUCAUCAACCAGCGUAACAAGGCUUUCUCCCUCAUCAGUGCCGGCCAGGGUCUCUUCGUUGUCAGCAUCGGUCUGACCAGCCCGCUCAUCAUCAUUCACCUAAGCUGGAGGUGGCUCUACUAUAUCACCGCGGGAGCUGGUAUCAUCGUGUGGAUCGCAAUGAUCUUCUUCGUUCCUGAGACCCGAUGGGAGCGUUCUCAAGACGAGCUUGCUGGAAGGGCGGUCUUUCCCCUGCGCCCCGGCGAGACCCGUCCCCGUCUUGACCAUGCCCGGUACGGAUACCGCACCAACAAGAACGACUUCGGCCUCUUCUCUGUUCCAUUCAAGUGGAAUCUCUGCAGGCGCUCCGUCGUCGAGACUGUCAAGGCCACCUUCUUCCCCAACGUUCUUUGGGUCAUCGCCCUCAACUCCAUCUUCAUCGGCGCGCUCUCGGCCACGACACAGAACGCUGCUGCCAUCAUUCUCAGCCUCAGGCUCAAAUUUACUCAGCUGGGUCUCGUCGUUUUGCCGGUUGUUGCCGCCACACCAUUCGUCUGGUUCUUCGGUGGUUACUUGGCCGACAAGAUCAGCAAUAAGUAUGCCAAGAAAAACGGGGGAAGGCGAGAGCCCGAGGCUCACUUGAUCAGUCUCAUAUUCCCUCUCCUGGCAGGUGUUGCUGGGCCGAUCUUGUUUGGCUUUGCUGGUCAGAACACCGCGUCGCGGCCACUGGUACCGCUGCUGGUGGGGUUCUUCCUCAUCGGCUUUGGUGGUCUAACCAUGAACUCGCUCGUGAGCGUAUAUUUGGUUGAAUGUUAUCCCAACUUCGCUGGGCCUGUCCUCGUGACCAUGUCCUCUUUCCGUCUCAUUGCCGGAUUCCUGAUCAGCUUCAAGUCUGCCGACUGGAUUCUCGACAUCGGCUUCAUUAAGACCUUCAGCAUCUACAGCGGAAUCAUGAUGCUAUUUACACUCAUGCUCCCUCUCGUCUUCUACUACGGCAAGCCGAUGCGGUUGUGGAGCGCCGGGAAGCUGGGCGAGUCUCCUGAGCAAGAUGACUCCAAGAGUAUGAAGAGUAUUGAAAUGGACUGGGGCGUUCAGGGUCGCAAGAACUAAUAAGCUUAAACGAUGGGCACGGAACGAGCGGACGGCGAACUAUACAGAAGCAAGCACAAGAAGGCGGUCCCUAAGACUGUAACUUGACGAAUGGGCUUCUAGUAUCGUAUAAUUAAGCAUUGGGCUACAUCAACUACAGACAUCUGGACGGUGUAUACAAUUUUUAUAGGUUAAAGUUGGACAUCCUUUACCCUGGGUGGUGGGAUGGGUGUUCAGAUUUCGUACAGUUUUUAGAGGUCAAUCAUAACCUUGUGAUAUCCAAA